GAAACCUGUAUGAGGAGAAAGGGGGGCAAGGAACAUAAAUGCAUACCCAUUCUGUACAUAUCUCUCACUCUGUGUUCCUGCCCGGCACUGUAAGCACUCUCAUUGAUUCAGGAUUAUUAAAGCAAACGUAUACAUUGGCAGAGACUGUGCUCACUCGGGGAUAUCUUUCUAUGCCUAAACUUUCACAUCUGACGCGAGUCUUCCUGGCUGUCUGUGCCGGCGCAUGAAGUGGAUUCGGGAGAGUUUGUUGAUGUUUCUGAUAGAGGGACUGUUGCAGCAGGAGCUGUGAGUGAUGCCAGUGUGAGUACUCGGCAAAGUGACUGAGAGGAGGAGAGCAGCGACCCAAGUGACUCCAGUGCAUGUGAGGGACUGUCUCUCUCUCUUUUAUGGACUCCUUCUAUUUCAUGCCCAAGUGUUUGAGCGCUUUGCCUCCUGUGCAGCCCCGGAAUUAAUCGCAGUAGCACAACAGCAGCAGCAGUAGCAAUGGUGCAACAAACCAACAACACGGAGAACACUGAGGCAGCGCUGCUGGCAGGGGAGAGGUCGGAGUCGGGCGCCGGUAUAGAGCUGGACAUGGCUUCCUCUCCCACACCUGGCGCCACGGCCUCUACUGGGGGCAAAGCGGAUGACCCGAGCUGGUGCAAGACCCCCAGUGGGCACAUCAAGCGGCCAAUGAACGCCUUCAUGGUCUGGUCUCAGAUCGAGCGGAGGAAAAUCAUGGAGCAGUCCCCAGACAUGCACAACGCAGAGAUCUCCAAGCGCCUGGGCAAACGCUGGAAACAGCUAAAGGACAGCGACAAGAUCCCGUUCAUCAGGGAGGCCGAGCGACUGAGGCUCAAGCACAUGGCAGACUACCCGGACUACAAGUACCGACCCCGGAAGAAGGUCAAGUCUAGCGGAUCCAAGCCCGGGGAUAAGACAUGUGGCAGCCCUGGGAGCAGCAGCAGCAGUUCUGUGAGCAGCACAGGGUCAGGCAAACCCCCAGUGAAGAAGAGUAGCGGCACCAAGCUUUGCAACAAGCCGCACAGCAAACUCGUCCUGGGCGCCAGAGCUUUCCCCGAGCAGCAGCAGCAGCCGUGUCUCCCGGAUCAUCACUCGCUGUACAAGUCCCGGGCUGCAGCGUCAGUCAGACACGACAAGAAGCCAAAGAACCGGGUGUACAUAUUCGGGGGCGCGGGUUACCAAGGCUCAGUGGCAGUGCCAGCCAGUCCUACUCUGAGCAGCAGCUCGGCCGAGGCCAGUGACCCGCUCAGCCUGUACGAGGAUGGAAGCGGUUCGGCGCAGAACUCCCCCGGUUCCCCCUCCGAGCACGACGGCUACACGAGGGCGUCCUCACCGGCCCCGUCCACCUCUCACUCCUCCUCCUCGGCUGCAUCCUCCCCCUCCUCUGCAUCCUCCUCCUCUUCUUCCUCGGACGAAGAGCUGGAAGACGAACUGCUGGAGCUCAACCCGAGCCCGGGCUUCGAGAACAUGUCCCUGGGUAGUUUCAGCUCCGCUGCCCUGGACAGAGACCUGGACUUUAACUUCGAGCCGGGCUCGGGCUCCCACUUCGAGUUCCCGGACUAUUGCACCCCCGAGGUGAGCGAGAUGAUCUCCGGAGACUGGCUGGAGUCCAGCAUCUCUAACCUGGUAUUUACCUACUGAGCCACAGGGGCGCCGAGCAGAUCCACUAUCAAGUGAGACAGAGGCAAAGCGCGCUCUCUGCUGUCAUUUUGCCUGAGACAGAACUGACUGAAUCUCUGCUUUACUUUAGUCAGAAAAGGAAACCACACAAUGAAUAUAAAAAGGGAUUGUUUUAGCAGCCCGUGGGAACAGGAGCCCCUUUAUUACCCCGCACGGAUCCCAAAGUCUCCCGCGGAGUAUCUUCAGGCUUCAGGGGAGGUGUGUGUGUGUGUGUGUGCGCAUCUGAGAAGGCUCUUGUGCUGCUGCAAACAAAGCUGCCUUCAAUUGACACCCCAACAGAGCUAAAGCCACACUCAGAAAACAUGGGGAGAGCCCAAGGAAACGGUGCUCUGAUAUCUCAAGUUCUUUAGCAUUAAUGUCACUUUUCCUUGCUUGAGGCACAUAAGACUCUCCCCCUGCUUCCAGCACCAGUGUAGGCUGCACCUUCCAGCAGGAGAGGAGAGGAAGGAGCAGCAGGUCAUUGGAAGAUCAACUUUAAAGACUGACAUCCUUACAGGGUGAGAAGGUACCAAGAAUAACCUCCUCAGAACCCCUUUCUUUUAGAAAGUUUAAGGGGGGCGAAUAAGGGGUCUUUUCAUUUUAGUAGUAAUGGGACUAAUAUUGGAUUUGCACGUCAGGAGAAGGAUGGCACCCUAUGGGUCACCCAGCUUUUUUCUUUAACCAUCCACCAAACGAUGGAUUUUUUUAAACCUUUUUUAAUUUUUUUUGUAUCAAGGACACUACUUUGGAAAAGAAGGCAGAUCUUCUGAACUACAUCAAGUUACAUAUUUAUGUGGUACUGGGGGGAAAAAGGACGAUUCUUUUUCUAAAAAACAAAACAAAAAAAAAGUGUGUUUCUCUUGCUCAGAAUCGUGAUGGUGUUGGAUUAUUUCACUGGUGGGUUAAUAUAGCAUGUUAUCCUGUCUAUCUUUUAAGGUUUCUGUAAGACUGUUGAACAGUUUUAGUGUUAGGAUAAUAUACAAGCAGAUAGAUGGCGCUAUGUUUGAUUCCUACGAAAAUCACCAGCUUUUUUCUCAUUCUUAACUCUUUAAGGAUUCAAACGCAACUCAAAUCUGUGCUGGACUUAAAAACCAAUAAUUCAGGACCAAAUUUUUCUCAGAGUAUGUAUGUGUUAUUACUCGGUAGAUGUAAAUGAAGACUGUUUGGAUUCUUUUUUUUUUUUGUUGUUCCCUUUCUCAUUGGUGAUCUGUAAUGUUUCAUCUUGUAAAUGUAAAUCAGAUGCCAUUUUAUACGUGGACAUAUUUAUACUGGCCAAACUUUUUUUUUUUGUUGUUUGUUUUUUUUAAAAAACUGAAUUUUUUUGUAGUUCCCCUUUCCUUGCCACACCAUUUUUAUGUCUCCUUCACUGAAGGGCUAGAGUUUUAACUUUUAAUUUUUUAUAUUUAAACGUAGACUUUUGACACUUUUAAAAUGAAAGAAGAGAGAUGAAAACGUUUGAUUAUUUUCUCAGUGUAUUUUUGUAAAAAAUCUAUAAAGGGGGUGUUUUAACUGGUGUCAAUUGCUGUUUUGGAUUUCCUAACAAUAUUUAAAACAGGGCGGCUGGUUGAAAUCUCUUUAUCAAUAAAACAUUGCACCAGCCUAAUUUUCCAUGUUUACACACUUCAAUCUGCAGGCUUUUAAAGUCACAGCAUCCCUUCCAGCCUAGUGCACUCCACAUUAACACCUCCAGAGUAUUCUUUAAUACACUGUAUAUUGGUUGAAAACAACAAAAAAUUAUUUGUAUUAAUCAUAUUUAGUAUUUAUAUAGCGCUUUAUAACUAUACUUCAGAGUUUUGUUUCUUUUUUAUUUUUUAAUGUGGACACCUUCUUUGUUGGGAGCCUUGCAGCACAUUAUUCUAUUGGCACUGUUAUUUUAGGCAGGCUACAAAAAGGAGAAAGGGGAGGGGUGGGGAGAAUGUUAAAGUUGCCUAUUCCCAGUAUAGAUAGGCAUAGUGGUAUGACGAUGACCUGCACUCUUGUGUUUUUACUGCUAAGCAAAUUUCCUUUAUUUUCAGAUGUUUGCUUUUUCUAAUCCUUUUCUUGUUGGGGAGCUUGUAACAAAAGCUCGUCCCUUCUGCUAGUUUGUAUUUAAAUGCUUUAAGCAAACAGUGCACAUAACAAGCAAAAAGGGAUCCUGUAGCUUUAACUUCUAGACCACAUUUUUGCACUUUUUUAUACUUCAAAAAAAAAAAAAAA